AUGGCGCCGUUGCGCAGCGAUGUUUUCAUGAUAGACGUGGCAACUCAUUUUGCACCAGACCUGAUUGGCAGAAGCUUGUCGAAGCUGUGGACGGCGCGCGGAUGCGAGCUGGAGACAGCUUUGACCGAUGCCGGCAGCAUGUACACAUGUCCUUUGACUUCGAGCCCAAUCUCCAGUCCUCUGCUACUCAGCGAUGGUUGCAUAUACGAGGAGGAGGCUGCUCUGCAUUUCUUUCGGACCCGUGAGAAGACGGAGAAAUCAGCCUCAAAACCGAAGCAGGCUCUGAGGCUGGGACCGUUAGCAGAAGCUGUGGAGGCCUUCCUCCAGCACUGCAACGCUGCUGGAUACCGAACAUCUGAGCAGCUGGAGCAGGCUAUGGGGGAGGCAGAGAUGCCAGGCACGCCAUGGCUGCGACGAGUUUCGAUCUUGGAGGCAUCUUUGGCGGAAGCCAGAAUGGAGGCGGACGCACUUCGGCACCACUCCGAAGAAGCGCAGGCCUUGCUGGAAAGCCUCCGGCAGCAGGCUGCAGAGAAACAGGAGCUUGCCGCCCGACGCCUUCAGCGCGCCGUGCGCUGCAGAUUUGCGAGAGAGCGCCGGCGCACCGCGGCUGCCGUUUGCUUGCAGCGCUGGUGGCGGAAUCAGAGGAGAAGUGACACCAAGAAGCCAAAGAAGAGAAGGGGGAAAGCGCAGAAAAAGGGAGCGGCAAAGCCAGAGAGGCCUUCGGUGGAAGAGCUGCCGUCGCCAGUGCCUGCGACUCUGCCAAUGCCGGAAUAUACAGAACUUCUGAACAAGCAGCAUCAGCAGUACGCUCGGAUUGAUGAAAAGGACAAGCGGGCUGUCCUUGAUUUUUUCCUUGAUCAGCUGAUGUAUGAUAGCACAGAUUUCAGAAUCCUCAUAGUCACAAGCUCAGAUGAGCGAGCUCUCGGUUUGCGCAAAGUUUUGCAGAUGUCGAAAGCCGUUCAGUACCAGUUGGUCACAAUGCUCAAGCAAGACGAGGAGUCCAAGCGAUUCAAGGAGCUUCGGGAAUGCGCUGGCAUCAUCUCUGAAUCACAGCUCCGGCAAAAUGAUGAUGCAUCGGCUGCCAACAUGAUGGUUAAUUUCGAUAUGCCACAGACUUUGGAAGACUAUAUGGAUCGCAUAAAGCGCGUGGAUCCUGCGGUAAAGGUCAUGAGCCUGCCAACGUCGCCUGAAGAGAUGGGCGUCAUUCGGCAGGUGGAGGAACACUUUGGCAUUGUCUUUCGGAAUAUGGAGGGUGUUGCGAGAUUCAAGAUCCUCCAGAAUCGGAAGGCGUUAAGGAACAAGCUCGCUGCGACUGGAAGCCAGCGGCAAAAAAUGCUGUAG